GUGAGAGAGAGAGACAGAGAGCACUUACAUAUUUAGUAGGCUCCUUCUAUUUUUACUGGAGAAAAUAAAAACCAUAAAAACUCAGAAGGAAGGAACGAAAAGUCUCUGUCUCUGCUAAUAGUUUGGUUUUUUUGUAGAGUUAAAAGAGGAGGUUGGAGGAGUUGGGUUUUUUCUGAGCAACUCUGAGAGUUCUUUCUCCCUUUGUAUAUUAUUUCUCUGCUGCAGUAAGGAAGAGACUGUCUUGAGAUCCAUGUGCAGUGGUUCCAAGAGGAAACCUUCUUCCACUGAUAUGGUCAUGGAGGGUGAGAAACAAGAAGGGAUGCAGUAUAGCUUUUCGAUUUUGCUUGAACUAGCAGCCUGCGAUGAUCUUGAAGGGUUCAAAAGGGCUGUCGAAGAAGAGGGUCAUGAUGUUGAUGAGGCGAGCUAUUGGUACGGGAGGCUGAUUGGAUCGAAGAAGUUGGGGUUUGAGGAGAGGACGCCCCUCAUGAUCGCUGCUAUGUUCGGUAGCAAGAACGUGUUGAAUUAUAUUCUUCAAUUGUGUCUUAUUAAUGUUAAUAGAUCCUGCGGUUCAGAUAGAGCCACUGCUCUUCAUUGUGCUGUUGCUGGUGGCUCUGCUGCUUCGGCAGAGGUUGUCAAGCUCUUGCUUGCUGCUUCUGCUGAUUCGAGUGCUCUUGAUGCUAAUGGAAACCAAGCUGGUGACUUGAUCACAUCUGCUUAUGGUUCGAGCUUCAAUUCGAAGAAGAAAGCUUUGGAGGGCAUGCUCAAGGGUGUUCCCAGUAUUGAUGAACCUUUUGACUUCUCGGAGCAAAUGAUUAAUGAGACAGAAGCUCAAGAACAGAAAGAGAUUACAACUCCUCGUGCUUCAAAAGAUGGAACGGAGAGGAAAGAGUAUCCUGUUGAUCUCUCUCUUCCAGAUAUCAAGAAUGGGAUUUAUAGCACAGAUGAGUUUAGAAUGUAUACUUUCAAGGUUAAGCCUUGCUCUAGGGCUUACUCACAUGACUGGACAGAGUGCCCAUUUGUCCACCCUGGAGAAAAUGCAAGGCGGCGUGAUCCAAGGAAAUAUCAUUACAGCUGUGUUCCUUGCCCAGAGUUCAGAAAGGGGACCUGCAGGCAGGGAGAUGAUUGUGAAUAUGCACAUGGUAUUUUUGAAUGUUGGCUUCACCCUGCCCAGUACCGCACACGUCUUUGUAAGGACGAGACAGGAUGCACAAGAAGGGUAUGUUUCUUUGCUCACAAGCCAGAAGAGCUUCGUCCCUUGUAUGCUUCGACAGGUUCUGCUGUGCCUUCUCCGAGGUCAUUCUCGGCCAGUGGUGCUUCUCUGGAUAUGGGGUCAAUUACCCCACUUUCCCUCAAUUCUCCAUCCAUGAUGAUUCCUCCUACUUCAACUCCGCCCAUGACUCCCACUGGACCUUCUUCUCCUAGGAGUGGUUUCAUUUGGCAAAACAAUCCAAACUUUGCACCCCCUACCUUGCAGCUCCCAGGUAGCAGGUUGAAAUCUACUCUUAGUGCUAGAGAUAUGGAUUUUGACAUUGAAAUGCUUAGCCUGGAGAAGGAUCGCCGAAGGCAGCAACGCUUGAUAGAUGAGAUAUCUGGUUCCCCAUCUAACUGGAACAAUAGCUUAUCUCCUGCGUUGCCCUUUUCUGCCUCUGGGAAUCGAACAGGGGAAUUGAAUAGCCUGGGAGGAGUGAACCCUACUAACCUUGACGACAUUUUUGGAUCUGUUGAACCUGCAAUUUUGCCUCAAUUUAAUGGCCUUUCGCGUGAUUCAACAGCAUCCCAGUUACAUUCUCCAACUGGGAUGCGCCAAAACAUGAACCUGCAGGCCCGUCCCAGUUACUCUGCCAGCCUCUCAUCCUCUCCUGGAAGGGCUUCGUCGAUGUUUGGAGUUGAUGCAUCUAGUGCAGCUGCUGUUUUUAGUUCAAGGUCAGCUGCAUUUGCAAACAGGAGUCAGAGUUUCAUUGAGCGUAGUGCUGGCAACCGUAACACUGGAGUUUCUUCUUCUGCUGAUUUUGGAACAUUAAAGCCCUCUAACCUUUCAGAUUGGGGCUCACCUGGAGGCAAAUUAGACUGGGGUAUGCAGGGGGAAGAGCUGAACAAGCUGAGGAAAUCUGCUUCUUUUGGAAUCCGAAGCAACGGAAGCAGUUUCCCAACAGCUUCAUCCACUACGCCAACACAUGGUGAUGAACCUGAUGUAUCAUGGGUUCAAUCUCUUGUCAAGGAUGGACCUCAACCCUCGCAACAACGUGGGCAAUUUGGUUUCGAGGAUCAGCAGCAGCAGCAGCAGCAGCAGCAUAACCCUAACAACGGAGGUCCAGAAAUGCUCCCUGCUUGGGUGGAGCAGCUAUACUUUGAGCAGGAGCAGAUGGUGGCUUAAAUUGAUGACUCCCCGGAGUGCUCCUUUCGUUGACGUUUAACUAUGUUAUUUUCUUUUGCCAUUUUUAAAUUUUUAUCGUAUUCAUCGUAAGUAGGUUGAAGGAAACCGGAGAAGAGAGGAAAUAACCCGACGGAGAAGAGAGAUAAGUCAGUGCAGAAUGCAAGUUCUGUACGUAGUGUUUCCUUUUAAUUAGUUCGUCUUCACUGUAAUCUCCAUGUGAAACCCAAGCUGAAAGAUGCUGAAGAACAUGAGAUAGCCUUUCCCCGAUGAGAUCAUUAAUUAUCAAGUUAAUUAAGAUGUUUUUGGUCGACUGUAUAACCUUAUAUGUAUCACCAGCUCUUACACUGAUGAAUUAUUCAUAUCCAUUUGGCCAA